AUAAAGUUUUGGGGAUAGCCUCGCACUGCUGAAUGUGCAGCGUGGUUCUGUGCUAGCCAGCGGAGCCACGGCGAAGAAAAUACGUCUAAUUUACUUGAGAGAGUUUAAAUUAAGGAAUUUUCAUGUAAUACUAUUACUAAUAGUUUUUAGUCUGAUGUCUCAGUAGCGAUUCCCAGCCGGUAAUGAGAUUUGCAAGUUUUUGUUUCCUGUUGGCCCACCUGGCAGUAUCUCCAGUCUACUCUGUCCGCAUGUUUGUGAGCUUCGGCCAUUCCCUCACUCUUCCCUGCCAUGGAGCCCCCAGCAGGGAUGUGGAUUGGUUGUUUCAGCAGGAUGAGCUUCCUGACUGGCUGCAUGUGGCCGUACUCUACACCAGAGCCUUUUCAUCUGGAAACGGCUUCCAGGGACGCGUGGAAUCCUUCCACCUAACAGAGCCGGGAAACUACAGCCUCACCCUCAGUCCCGUGGUGUACAGUGACCUCGGCAUUUACAAAUGCCAGUACAAGGAUGAGACUGAGAUCCCUCUCUCAGAUGUGAAACUAGAAAUUAGAGUCCCAUCAAAUGUUUCCAUAGCGAUGGGAAUGUCCGCCAGUCUUCCUUGCUUUGGGAAAAUUAACACACAAGCACGUGCUGAUGAUCUGGAUAUCCUCUGGAUGAGAGGUGGAGAGAACGUUUACCAGCGCCAUAAGAACACCAUCACAUAUGGGCCCGGGUUCGAGAACAGAACUUCAGUUUCCCCAGAACAAGCCCUCUAUGGAAACAUGUCUUUAACCAUCAGACAGGCAUGGUUUUCAGAUGAAGGCGACUACCAGUGCUUCUACAGCAGUCCAAAAGAGAGUGGGAAUCCAGAUUAUGCCAGUCUCUUUGUUACAGCCCAGCUGGCAGUAUCUCCAGUCUACUCUGUCCGCAUGUUUGUGAGCUUUGGCCAUUCCCUCACUCUUCCCUGCCAUGGAGCCCCCAGCAGGGAUGUGGAGUGGCGGUUUCAGCAGGAUGAGCUUCCUGACUGGCUGCAUGUGGCCGAACUCUACACCGGAGCCUUUUCUUCUGGAGACGGCUUCCAGGGACGGGUGGAAUCCUUCCACCUAACAGAGCCGGGAAACUACAGCCUCACCCUCAGUCCUGUGGUGUACAGUGACCUUGGCAUUUACAAAUGCCAGUACAAGGAUGAGUCUGAGAUCCCUCUCUCAGAUGUGAAACUAGAAAUUAGAGUCCCAUCAAAUGUUUCCAUAGCGAUGGGAAUGUCCGCCAGUCUUCCUUGCUUUGGGAAAAUUAACACACAAGCACGUGCUGAUGAUCUGGAUAUCCUCUGGAUGAGAGGCGGAGAGAACGUUUACCAGCUCCAUAAGAACACCAUCACAUAUGGGCCCGGGUUCGAGAACAGAGCUUCAGUUUCCCCAGAACAAGCCCUCUAUGGAAACAUGUCUUUAACCAUCAGACAGGCACGGUUUUCAGAUGAAGGCGACUACCAGUGCUUCUACAGCAGUCCAAAAGAGAGUGGGAAUCCAGAUUCUGCCAGUCUCUUUGUUACAGGCCACCCACCCCAGAACCUCACAGUGAAGGCUGGUGGUUUGCUCUCCAUUCCGCUCUAUGCCACAGACCCAGUGAGGGUAACAUUCAGUGCAGGCCUUGGUUCAGAUGAGGUGCUGAUAUUCAAUGCAAAUAAAGGCCCAGCCAGGUAUGGGGAGCGUUGUGCUCAGAGAUGUGUGCUUCUGGCCCAGAACUACACCCUUUUGCUGAGGAGUGUGACACUGGAGGAUGCCGGAGUCUACAAGGUGACCGAUCCUGAGACUAAGAAGACCAUCGGCUCAGUCUCUCUGCACGUCUCAGCCCCUCCUCUCUCUACUGGAGCAGUGGCUGGGAUAGUGCUGGGAGUGCUGGUGGUGGUGCUGCUGGUGUUGGGGGCCUUUGCUUUCUGGAAGUACCGCAAAGAACAAAAGCGAGCAGAGCCUGUAGUCCGUUACCAAGCAGUCGGUGCUGAAGAUCAGAACAUAUCCAGCAGCAGAGCAGCAGACCCUUCUCCCACCAAUCCCCAUCUCCUCGUGUCAGAAUCGGAUCCUUCUCCCACCAAUCCCCAACUCCUCAUGUCCGAAUCGGGUCCUUCUGCCAAUGAACAGAGUGGUCAGACCUGAUUGAAAUGCAUGAGAAAAAGUCUUAGAGCGUGGAACUGCUAUGACAAUGUGCUGUACCUGUAGGGGAAUCUGCUGGUAUGAAUUUUAUUGGAUCUGACCAAACACGGAGAGGGACAGAGUGGAAGGGACAGACGCCCCUUCACCAAAAUUUCUAUUGGUAUUGAGUUUGUAGUGAGCAUACACACAUACCUCAGACACACCGACACAGGCCCCCCUCAGUACUGUGGUGGAAAUUACCUUAAUUUCCCCCGGUUUUUAAGAAGAGUCCAACAGACGUACACACAAUAUUCAGUUCAGAUACCUUUAUUCGGGCGAAUAGGAGAAUCCACACAGCGCCACAACACGUCUGUAUGAAAGCUCUCAGAACAAGUGAAAAGCCAUUCAUUUUAUACAAUUAAAAGUAGGUGAAAGGCAGGUUCUGGAAUUUUCGCAAAACCUGUCUGUCUCAAACUGUUUUGCAGCUUGUCUAUGAUUGGUUAAAAACAUUGGAUUUCUGAGAUACAGACUUGUUUAGACAUUCUGACUUCUUCAAGGCUAUCAUGUCACAGUGACUAAAACAAUGGAGAAAUACAGAGACAGUUUUCUGGGGAAAAUAGGAACACGCACGGGAGGGGCUAUGCAUUCCCAACAAUUCUCAGUUAGACAGAAAAUAAAUUUAAAAUGAUUUCUUAAGGUUAUAUAAAAGCGAGUAAAUAUGUAACAGUAAUUUCUUAUUUUUCCCUUACAGUACGCUCACUAAAUUCACAGACCUCCCAUUUUUAAUUGUGUUCCUCCACUUUAGCCUAUCUAGACAAAAAAUGCAACAAAAGAUACCUCGGUACCAAAAUAGAAAUCCCAGGUGUAAAAGCCAAACUCUCCCUCUGACACACCUCCUCCAAUAAACAAAAAACCAACCUGGCACAGUUUGAGAGGAGGAGAAUGAAAUUUACUAGUUCAUUUUAAAUAUGCUUUAUUUAAUUGACAUGAUUCUCAAUAAAUACAUGCGAAGAGUAUUUCUGGAAAAAAUACAACAAACUGAUAUAAAAAUGCAAUAUUUUUUAUAUAAUAUAUAUAAAAACAAAAUUAAUCUCAAAAUAGUGCCAAAGAUCCAGUUGCCAAAGAUCCAUCAGAACUGCACUGUUGGGUCAAUCAGUUGCCACUUUGACAAAUUAGACUUUUUGUAACCAGCUCUAAACUUUAAAGUUGUUUUGAGCUUCAAUCAGCACGUUUUAGUUUUCCAACCCCUUAAAUAAUGCUUUAGGUCUUCUUCAAUCAACAUGACAGUGAAGGAUGGUCUCCACCAUUCCACAAAAAGGACAAUGACCAAAACCUUUUGGAUUAAUCACAGAAUUAAAAUAUUAACAGCAAUAGUACCAUGUAGGAUUCUCCACUGGAGAUCACCUGAUGUUCUUCUGAGGGGCUUUAUAAAAAAAAAAAACAUAAGCCAGUCAUAUUUCAAAUUAAAAUGCAAAUUGUAAAUUGCAUUUCAUUUUCAUUUGAUGUGCACAAAAAUCAAGACAUCAUUCAAAUAUAAAUGCAACAGCCUAGUUUCCGUUUUCUCUAUUAACUUAAUGUAGGGAUAAUGCUUCCAUACCACACUGGUUUAACACUACCUGGAUGUAGGUUUUCCUCUCAGUGUCUCUUCUUCAAUUUAAUUAACCAUUUGAAGCCUUUACACAACAUCUUUUCAGUGCCUUACUGUUCAAUAAGUAUGUACAGAUCUGGAUUUUUUACACUCUUACAUUCGGGCGCAGGUCCCGUUAGACCAUCUAAGUCUGAAGUCAAACCAGGUUCAGGAAAGGGCUCAUCCUUAAUAGUUCCUGCAGUUCAGUUCUCAUCAAACGUCCUGGUUUUCGUUCCAAGGCCUCACUGAAUUAAAGUGAAAUUAAGAAACCUUCCAGUUGAAGCAAAUGCAGUGUUACGUCUCGCUUGGUCCGGCUCGUUUAUAAUAAACGCUCGAACCAAACACAAA